GACGGGGAGUUUUUGGGAAGCGCUCAGGCUUCUCUGUGAGGAUCAGGAGAGGGAUGGUGUGAUUCUUUAAAAAGAGGGUGAAGAGAGGGAGACGCUCGAGCAGCAUCACAGAACACCCCCCCCCCAGGUCCUUUCCUCGACAACCCCCCCUUCCUGUCUGGCUCUCCCCAAUAACACGGUCAAGACAGGGGGUUUGGUCGGGGGGCUCGGCGGCCAGGAAACAUGUCACAGACUAGGAGGAGCUAUUACACUCGGACCACCAGCAGCGGCAGCAGCAGGAUGAGCUCGGACGGGGGUGGGCGGCCCGUCAAGGUGGGCUCCCCGGUGGAGGUGAUCGGCAAGGGGCAGCGCGGCACGGUGGCGUACAUCGGCAACACGCUCUUCGCCUCCGGCAAAUGGGUCGGAGUCAUCCUGGACGAGGCCAAGGGCAAGAACGACGGCACGGUGCAGGGCAAGCGCUACUUCACCUGCGAGGAGAACCAGGGGAUCUUCGUGAGACAGUCACAGAUCCAGCUGGUCGAUGAUGGAGCAGACACCACCUCCCCAGAGACACCGGAGCCCGGCACCGGCAAAGUCCCCAAACGAGAGAUCCUGGAGGCGCCCAAGUCCACCAAACUGCGAGGAGUGAAGCCCAAAAAGACUCCUGCACCCCGGAAGACCAUGGCCAGAAGGCCCAAGCAGCCCAGUCGUCCUGCGGGCGCCGGUGGGAAGGGGGCCGCUUCCGGCUCGGCCUCAGCCUCCGCAGGAGAGAUGAGCAGCAGCGAGCCCAGCACGCCGGCCCAGACCCCCCUGGCUGCUCCGGUCAUCCCCACCCUCCACUCCCCCGGUAAACCUCUGGCCCCCGUCCCCAGCAAGGAGGAUGUCACUAUGGAAACACAGGAGGAGGAGGCUCUCCGAGGGCAGGUGAAGGACCUGGAGGAGAAGCUGGAGACGCUGAAGAUGAAGCGGACGGAGGACAAGGCCAAGCUGAAGGAGCUGGAGAAGCACAAGAUCCAGCUGGAGCAGCUGCAGGAGUGGAAGAGCAAGAUGCAGGAGCAGCAGGCCGAGCUGCAGAAACACCUCAAAGAGGCCAAGAGGGAGGCGAAAGAGGCCCAGGAGGCGAAGGAGCGCUACGUGGAGGAGAUGGCGGACACGGCCGACGCCAUCGAGAUGGCCACGCUGGACAAGGAGAUGGCGGAGGAGAGGGCGGAGUCUCUGCAGCUGGAGGUCGACUCCCACAAGGAGAAGGUGGACGAGCUCACCAUGGACCUGGAGAUCCUGAAGCACGAGAUCGAGGAGAAAGGUUCCGACGGUGCUGCCUCCAGUUAUCAUGUGAAACAGCUGGAGGAACAGAAUGGCCGACUGAAGGAGGCGCUGGUCAGGAUGCGAGAUCUGUCGUCGUCCGAGAAGCAGGAGCACGUGAAGUUGCAGAAGCAGAUGGAGAAGAAGAACGUGGAGCUGGACUCUCUGCGGAGCCAGAAGGAGAAGCUGCAGGAGGAGAUGACGGUGGCAGAAAAGACCAUCGACGAGCUGAAGGAGCAGGUGGACGCAGCCCUGGGGGCGGAGGAGAUGGUGGAGAUGCUGACGGAGAGAAACCUGGACCUGGAGGAGAAAGUCAGGGAGCUGAGGGAGACGGUCACCGACCUGGAAUCCAUCAACGAGAUGAACGACGAGCUGCAGGAGAACGCCAGAGAGACGGAGUUGGAGCUGCGGGAGAUGUUGGAUCUCGGCGCCGCCAAAAUCAGAGAGUCGGAGAAACGUGUGGAAGCUGCUCAGGAGACCGUCGCCGAUUAUCAGCAGACCAUCAAGAAGUACCGCGAGCUCACCGCUCACCUACAGGAGGUGAACAGAGAGCUGACCAGUCAGCAGGAGGCGUCAGCCGAGCUGCAGCAGCAGCCGCCAGCGGAGAUGUUCGAUUUCAAGAUCAAGUUUGCCGAGACGAAGGCCUACGCCAAGGCCAUUGAGAUGGAGCUGAGAAAGAUGGAGGUGGGUCAGGCCAACAGACACGUUUCUCUUCUGACCGCCUUCAUGCCCGAGUCAUUCCUUCGUCACGGAGGAGACCACGACUGCAUCCUGGUGCUGCUGCUCAUCCCCAGGCUCAUCUGCAAGGCCGAGCUGAUCAGCAAACAGGCCCAGGAGAAGUUCGAUCUGAACGACAACUGUGUGGAGCGAGCCGGACUGAAAGGAGCCGUCGGGGAGCAGAUGAGCUUUGCUGCCGGUUUGGUUUACUCGCUCAGUCUGCUGCAGGCCACGCUGCACAAAUACGAACAGGCUCUGGAUCAGUGCAGUGUUGAUGUCUACAAGAAGAUCGGCGCUCUGUACCCGGAGAUGAGCGUCCACGAGCGAUCUCUGGACUUCCUCAUCGACCUGCUGCACAAAGACCAGCUGGACGAGACCGUCAACGUGGAGCCGCUCACCAAGGCCAUUAAAUACUAUCAGCACCUGUACAGUAUCCACCUGGCCGAUCAGAACGAGGACUGCACCAUGCAGCUCGCCGAUCACAUCCGAUUUACCCAGAGUGCCUUGGACUGCAUGGCGGUGGAGGUCGGCCGCCUGCGGGCGUUCCUGCACGCUGGCCAGGAGAAGGCCGACCUCGCCGUGCUGCUCAAAGACCUGGAGACGUCGUGUAGCGACAUCCGACAGUUCUGCAAGAAGAUCCGCCGCAGAAUGCCAGGGACCGACGCUCCGGGCAUCCCGGCCGCGCUCAGCUUUGGCCCGCCGGUGUCGGACACCCUGUCCGACUGCAGGAAGCACCUGACCUGGGUGGUGGCGGUGCUGCAGGAAGUGGCAGCAGCAGGCGCUCAGAUGAUGUCACCUCUCGGUGAACAGGAGGGGCUGUCGGCCGUCAAACUGGAGGACGUGGCGUUCAAGGCGGGAGAACAGAUUUAUGGCUCUCAGGGCGCCAACCCCCACGAGUGUCUGCGACAGUCCUGUGGCAUGGUCAUCGCGACCAUGAACAAGAUGGCCACCGCGAUGCAGGAGGGCGAGUACGACUCGGAGAAGCCUCAAAACAAAAAUCCUCCUCCGGUCGACGUGCGGGCGUCGGCUCUCAGGGCAGAAAUCACCGAUGCAGAAGGUCUGGGCAUGAAGCUGGAGGACAGAGAGACGGUCAUCAAAGAGCUGAAGAAGUCGCUCAAGAUCAAGGGCGAGGAGCUGAGCGAGGCGAACAUCCGCCUCAGCCUGCUGGAGAAGAAACUGGACAGUUCGUCCAAAGACGCGGACGAGCGCGUGGAGAAGAUCCAGACUCGACUGGAUGAGGCUCAGACGCUGCUGAAGAAGAAAGAGAAGGAGUUCGAGGAGACGAUGGACGCCCUGCAGGCCGACAUCGACCAGCUGGAGUCGGAGAAGGCCGAGCUGAAGCAGCGGAUCAACAGUCAGUCCAAGAUGACCAUCGACGGGCUGAGGGGCGCCGGCCCGUCGGGGAUCGCCUCCAUCGUCACGGGGAUUGCGGGAGAGGAACAGAAAGUGACCAUGAUGCCCGGAGUCGGCUCAGCUUCAGGAGUCCAGGUGAUCGACUCUCCUCUGCUGACGCAGCAGAUCGAGGCUCAGAGACUCUGCAUCAAACAGCUGAAGAACGACAACAACAGGCUGAAGGCGGAGAGGAUGCGCGCCCAGCUCGCCGCUCUGCCUCCGCUCCACGUCACCAAGCUUCCCUCCGGAGACGGCGGCCGCCCUGAGGUGCUCUCCAGCGCCCUCUACCGCAAGACCGACCAGCUGCGGGAGACUCUGCUGCAGAUGAGCGCCAACGUGAAGGUGGUCGACAUCACAGGGAAAUCUCCAGUGACACCUGGUGCUCAGCUCCUGGAACAAACAGCCAGACUUCAGUCUCUGAGCGACACGCUGGACCGACUGAAGGACGAAGUAGCGGAGCACGUCGUCAACCAGCAGCCCGGAGCUCGAGUGACGUCCGACUUCGCCACUUUCCCCUCGGCGUCGUUUGUGAAGGCGAAGGAGGAGAAGCAGGGCGACACGGUGCUGGUGGGCCGGGUCAUGAUGCCGUGCGCCCGCGGUCAGGAGCAGGUCCACCGCCUCGUCCUGUCCCAGACUCAGCUGCACAGAGUUCACAGUCUGCUGCGGACCUGAACUCCACCCGCCCCCGCUGCGCCCGACACAACAACAAACCCCCAUCAGCUUUGUCUCAAAACGCAUUACAACGGGAGGAUUUCAGAAAUCACAAGUGGUGAUUCUCUCUCCACUGAAAGUCCGGGCUGUGGUCUGAGACCCGUCUCGUCUCAGGAUCACUGUGUGACGUCUUGGUCUUACCCUCAAUCGGGUUUUUUUGUUGAGGACUAUUAUUAGACUUUAAAUUAUUAGUUAAUUAAUCAAUCAUCAUCUUACAGAAAAUAUUGGCGUUUUCAUAAUUACUUAAUUAGUCCUAAUCUUUCACUGAUUUCUGCUUCUUAUUUGGGAAAUUAUGAGUUUUCCACCAUUUUUAAACAUUUUACAAACAAAACAAUCAAGAGAUGAUUUCUUACAGGCAAUUGUCCAAAUUUAAUUGUUAAUUUGUGAAAGAUUUUGAGCAAAAUCAUGUUAAGACUUUUUAAUGUAUUCAGUGUUUUGACACUAUUGAAUAUCACAUUUUCUUUCAUGUAAACCUGAACGUUCGGAGCGUUUGUCAGAUUUAAUUUUUCUCGGUUCCCUGAGUCGACGUCUCUUCCUCUUGACCGCAGCCUGUGACACAAACAUCUUGACUGAGAAGCCAGAAUCGUGUUUUAUGGCCAGAAUAUUUAAAAAAAAUUAUACUAUUAACUUCACUGCUGCAUGCUGCCCCCCACACACACACACAUACUCUAUCGAGUCGCUGUUUAUUAUUGAUUAUUUAUUAGAGUAUUGGCCCUGGUGUGGAAAACGUGUGGCUGAGACAUCGGAUGUGUUCAACUGUUGUGUGCUUCAUUUUUACACCUCGACUGUCGAAAGGGAAAAGAGACGAAAUGUCCGUUUACAGUCGUGGACAUUUUACUAUGGUUUGAUCAGCCAGUUUUUUGUGUGUCUUUAGUGACAAGAGAAGAAAUAUCACAGUUAGAUGAAGGUGAACUUCAGUUUGUUCAGGUUUUAGUUUUUUUGCACAGAACAAGAAAAGCAGAAGAAUCAGAAAUUUACUGUGUAAAACGCAGCUAAAAUUCUUUUUACAGAUUUGUUUAUUUAAAAAAAAACCCAGCUCGACUGCACUUUAGUCAGAGGAGGCAUUCUUUUUAUUAUUAUUAUUAUUAUCACUACGUAAGUUUUUAUUUAGUAUUUAUUACUCGCUUGGUGAAAGUACUGACUUGGCUGUUUACUGUGUCCGAGCCUUAAAGAAACGAUCACUCGCCUUAUUUCUCAUUUCAUACAAACAAACAAACCGUUGUUUCAAAAGCAAAACCACGUUGUCUUUGCCAAAGAAUCUUUGUUUCACAUUUUGCCAUGGCGGAUUUCUUUAAAGGGUUUUAGUUUAUUAACUCAUGCUAAUGAUUUUAGACUCUUUGUUUACACUUCUCUGUUGUAACUAGAAGUUUUAUCAAUGGGCAUAGUGCAUCUACGUACCUGUAGCUGUAGAAGGAAUUAUUUAUUCGUCCUGUUGUGAAUCUGCAGCUAAACUUGUCGUGGCUUCCUGCUCUCGCACAACCAACGACGACUGAUCAAUAAAGACAGUAAAGCCGU